AACCAACAAUUAUCGAUGGAAUCAGUAGAAACAGUACAACCAAAGUGACAUUCACCUAUGAGAAUAACAGUGUAUCUAUAAAUGCAUUAAAAUCAUCGAGAAUUUGUCAUUUAUUAAACAAUGAAGAUCUUCUUCGACAAUUAAAUCUAAUUGAUAUUUCUCCAAACGAUUGUGUUCUUGUCUUAGGCGAAACAAAUGAACAAGUUCUCUCUCAAGAAGAUAUUCGACAGCCUUUAACAUCCUAUUUAUCAGCUGAAGAUGGACCUGUUCAUUUCCGUAUAUCGAUUAUGAUACAAAUCUUUCGAUAUGAUAGCUCCGAGCCGAGUUCUCUUCUUCUUCCAAGUCGAAACGUGACGAUGGAACAUAUAUUUCAAUCGAUAGAUAAUGUUCCAGCGAAUGUUUAUAAGUAUUUGGCAUCGAAUUCCACGAAGAAGAUUAUCGAUUAUUGUGAAAAACUUUCGAAUUUACACGAAACAAAGUUCCUUCUGGUGAAAGAAAAUGAAACAUGUUUCAUAUCAAUUAAAAAGCCAAAAACGAAUCAGUUACUUGGCUUAGAUGAUGAACAAAAUGCAAUACACCAAAGGUUUACAAUUUAUGCUCAAAUUCGCGAUAUUUAUCAAGAAAAUCAACUUGACAUCGAUCGUCAAUAUUGUCUUUAUUCAAAUGAUUUUGUUCCAUCGAUCGAUACACAAUUAUUCUUAUUUCCACGAUCAAACUCGACUAUUGAAUUUGCUUUAAUCGAUCAGAAUUUACCAAUCAAGGUUACUAUUCAGAAUAAUGAAAAUCAACAAACAAUUCAGUUUCAUUGCUCAUUGACAAUCAAUGUUGGACGUUUACACUCAAUUGCUUGUCUAUUAUUUACUUUGAACGGUAAAUAUUAUGAACUAGAAGAGUCUGAUUGUAUAAUCGAUGAUGAGGAUAUCACUUUACAUGAUAUUGAUUCUGAAAUGAAAGAAAUUAAAUUACAACUGAAGCCCAAAGCAACGAUUCAUUCUUCAAUUAAAUUUGGUGAACGAACGAUUGAAUUACCUUGUUCAUUGGAUACAUCAGUGGAAGUAAUUAUCAAAGAAGCAUUAGAUCGCUUUCAUGUAUGUCAAGAAGAUUAUCCUAUAUAUGAAUUAGUUGCUUUAGCCGAUGACGCAGAAUCAGCAAUCGAUGAUACAUUUUCCAUUGAAGAAAUUUAUGAAUUAUUUUCAUCACGACCGACAGUCAUACCGUUUGAAUUGAAAAGAAAAGAAGCCUAG